GAAGCGAAUCUCGUCUUUUUGUGUUUUUUUAGAACACUUGCAGCAGAUUUCAUCUCUUUUGGAAGGAGGAGGGGGGGAAGGGAUCUCGCAAAACAAACGGCAACGAAAUAAGUUUUUGUGAAGAGCAUCGGAGGUCAUGCCUUUGUUUGGCGGGUAGCUUCUUCAAUUGAAACAUACUCUGGGCAAAUUGGCACACACUCGUACGUUUUUCCUUUUGGUAUCUCAACCGGAGAGAGACUUGGCCAACGACAACACAAACAGGAUGGAAACCGUCGACGGCGACGGCAUGUCUCAACCACCCACAACCCCCGACGACACAGGCGAUCCAUCACCACCACCGCGUCCUAAAAUUGAACGUCGGAAAACUUACAUUCGAACUGAUUCUGCUCCAUGCGACCUGUCCGACCCUACAAUGACUUCAGACCCAGCGUCCCUCCCCAUACCCCCGGUAGAAACACUACAGCGCUCCCGGACGCCGCCGUCCCUCUUAUCCGCGCGCCCAUCGUUGAUCGACACGCCCGAUACAAGGUCAUUGUUUCCGUCUUCUGCCGGAGCGUUUGUCGGUUCGUUGCCCAUGUUGGUUAAGGAUGAACCUGAUGAGGGAUUCGAGGAGGUUGGAUUGAACGAUGAAGGGAGUUCGUCAUAUAGUACUGCUUCAGAAGGAUGUACAGUCGACGAUCGACGCAAGGAAACUGGAGAACAGAGUUUGAAAUCAGAUACCCCAAUGCCGCGUCCACCGCCGCCGCCCUUGGACGCCCCAUCGACAACGACACUCACGCCGCUCAUUUCCCCCCACCACUCCUUUCUCCUGACACGAUCAGGACCGUUCUCGCCCGCGCUGGACGACGGGCUGCUGAACUUGGAUUUGAAACGCUUUUGGGAAUGGGUUCUAUGUUUCUGUGUGGUGAACUUCGAUUUAGAACUAGGGCAAGCACUCGAGUGUGUUUAUCCUCCGAUAGACUUUACGGAAUCCGAGCGGAAAAACAUCUCCUUUUCCGCCUUUCCAGACUCCAACUCGGCCUCUCAUGUCGGUGACAGCACGUUUACCUUCCGCAUGCGAGCGGGACAUUUUACCACGGAGCUUUAUCAAAAGCAGCAGCCCCCUCCGCUGGCGAUGCCGACCGCAUUGAGUGGGACGACCGGGCUGCAUCCGGGUGCCGGGUUGCCUGUAGAUACAGAUGGGUUUUCUUAUGGGUACGUUUUUUUUCGGCAGCAAAAGGACACGGAGAUUCGGAGAGGCUACUUUCAGAAAUCUCUAGUGAUUCUGACACCCCACCCGUGGCCGGGUCUUUUCGUUCAUCUCAUCAGUGAGCUGGGUCCGCGGUACAUGGAUGCACUCGUUGAGGAUCGCCAAAAAGCUGGGUCCGACCUUUCGGUUACGUCUUCUGCUGCCAAGACACUGUUGGAGACGGCGAGUUUUAGUAUUGCUGCAUGGCCGUCACCACCCUCUUCCCUCUCUCCCGAGGUUGCAUAUUAUCCAAUAUCGUUAACCCUCCCAUUCCUCGGCGAGGCUACACGGUACUCCUUUCCCCCCACUGCACGCUUUGCCCAACUUUUUGAAUCACCAAAACCGCAUACAACGGAAGCACCCCCAUCCCCCGACUGGCAAACUGCCGUUAUAUGUACGCCUGGAAAGUUGUAUGAGCUCUUUGCGGGCUCUUUGGAGCUGUUGUGGGUGUGUUGGGAGUUGAUGGUCGUUGGGCAGAGUUUGCUGGUUGUAGCGGAGAGCCCAAAAGCUUGCAGUGAAAUUGUGUGGGGCUUGGUAGAGCUGAUUAAACCGAUACCCUUUGGAGGAGACUAUCGCCCUUAUUUCACAAUACAGGAUUCGGAUUUUAAGGGAAUUGCUAAUCGUCAGCGGUUGCCUACAACCGCUACGGUCAUUGGUGUUACAAAUCCGGUCUUCACCAAGGUACUAGAGCAUUGGCCCAAUGUCAUACGAGCAGCGCGUGUCUCCCAUCCGAAAAUGAGCAGUGAUGGUAGUACUCAGGGGAAGAGUGGGGGGCUUACACCCAAGCCUGAAAUGUGGAGUCCGACACUCCCACGGGCCCAAUCACCAUCCCCAACUGUAGGCAGGCCAAAAAAUACCCCCAAUAACUCCCCGAAAAAACCUUCUAUCCUCACGUUUUCCAAAACACCCAAACCAACCCCAUCCAAAGACAUUGCAUCACCAACCUGCGGCGUAUCUGAUGCCGUGGUCGUCGAAAGUAUAACGUGCAAGCACAAGCCAUAUCUCUCCAAAGACCGCAAACUGAUCAAGGAAGUCGUAGAGGCUGCGAUUAGGGGCAAACCUGUUCAUAUCCUUGAUAACAUGCUCCGCCGGCACUUCAUCGAUUUAACUGAACGCUUUAUCCAACCCCUCAAUCGUCACUUUGAGUCCCUCAUCGUUGGAAACCCUCUCCACAUGACCCUCUCCAAUCUCCGUACCCGUCCCGAGAUCAAACCCUUCAAACAGGACACGUUCCUACGCACAGUAGAACAGCAAGCAGGGUCAACGAAUCUUCCCGUCAAUUGCAAGCGCCCAUUAAGUGAUCUCUACCGGGCGUUCCUAUUGUCUGUCAACUUUGCUGCAUGGCUCCAAUCGCGAACGGAAGAAGUGUAUCGCGAAUGGCGACGAAGGUAUUUGGAUGUUUUGUGUGAGGAGGAUGUGGCGUCAUGGGCUAUAGAAAGGUUGAAUGGAACUGCUCCGAAUCGGCUAAGACGACGGGGGAGUACGGGAGAUGUAGAAUGUGUGGAUUUGUUGUUGAGGAUUCGGGAUGAAGUUGUAAAGUAUUCUCCGUAUUUUGCUGAUGCGCAUGUACCGCAGAAACAUGUCCAUACCGCCCAGCACCAUCACGCGCAUAUGGAUUUGGCAUCAAGUCAUGGUGGGUGGGCUCAUAGUCUGUGUGCUGCCGCGCCAGGUCCUUCUUCUCCCGGUCCGGUUGGUGUUAUGGGGGGCGUAGUACCAACGAGAGAGCAGUACAUAAAGUUGAAGAGGCAGUUGGAGGUGUUGGUUGGGGUGUUGCCGGAGGGGCUGAGGGGGGCUGUUGUGGUUAGCGGACGGAGAGGCGGCGGUGGUUAAUAGAUUUUCUGUUGCUAUUUUGCCAGAUGCAUGAGUUGCUUUCAGUGGGUUGUAUCGGCCAUUUUCCUUUUUUUUUUACUUUCAGGCAGGUUUAUAAACUAUACUUUAUAGACGCAGGCUCGUAUGGUAUUUGCAUUGUACAUGUUACAAAAUAAAAAAAAG